AUGCAACCCUUCACGACCAACAUCCUGAAACCAGGUUCCACUGACGCCCACGCCCGCUCUCACACCCACGCCCACUCUCACACCCACGCCCGCUCUCACACCCACGCCCGCUCUCACACCCACGCCCGCUCUCACACCCACGCCCACUCUCACACCCACGCCCGCUCUCACACCCACGCCCGCUCUCACACCCACGCCCGCUCUCACACCCACGCCCACUGUCACACCCACGCCCACUGUCACACCCACGCCCACUCUCACACCCACGCCCACUCUCACACCCACGCCCACUCUCACACCCACGCCCGGUGUGUCAUACAUACGGUGGACGGGGAAAAUUCAGAUGUUCCCUUACAUAUGGGGCAAAAAAGGUAG